AUGGCUACCCAAGAAAAAAAUAUACAAAACUUUUUUUUUCCCUCUCUCUCGAUGGAGGCUACCCAAGCCCAACCCGACCCUCCGGACAAAGGGGGGGAAACCAGUCGGGCUGGUAAUAUCAUGAUCGUCUCUGGCGGCUCGUCCGUCGCACCUCCCGGCACCAUUGUCCGCGUUGGGGGGUCAGCAACCAGAGGAUCACGGAGAUAA